AUGCCGGGGGUCGUCACCGCGCCCACCCCGGCACCCGUCGCAGGGCCAUCCAAGUCCGCAGCAGCCUACAAGCAGCGCACAGGAUUCGCACCCACCUCGUUCCGCACCCUCGACCGCGAACGCGCCUUCUCCCAUCCCUCGACACAAGGGUCAAAGUACCCCGCCCCGCAGGAACUCGUCGCGCCCCAUAUCCACUCGUUCGAUGCGCUCUUUGAGGGGGCACCCCAGCCCGACGGCACCGUCUCUCAGAGCGAGGGGCUCUUGAGCAUGGGCGUCAAGGACCUCCUCCCGAAGGUCGUCUUUGACCACAAGGGCGACGAGGGUUCGCUCGGGAACAGGCUCGAGAUGCGCGUCUUGGAAGUGACGGUUGGCCGGCCUAUGGGCGUCAUGAAGGGCGCGCAGUCGCGCGAGCGGCGAAUCUACCCGACCGAAGCCCGAGAGCGGCUAGCGACGUACGCAGGGCGGAUGACGGCCAAGAUCGCAUGGUCUGUCAACGGUGGACCGACGCAGAUCGAGUCGCGCGAGCUCGGCAACUUGCCCAUCAUGGUCAAGUCCGCACGAUGCCACCUUCGCAACCUCCCUCCCGCCGAACUCGUCGCGCACCACGAAGAAGCCGAAGAGAUGGGCGGCUACUUCAUCAUCAACGGAAACGAGCGUCUCAUCCGCUUCCUCAUCGUCCCCCGACGGAAUCACGUCACGUCCAUCAUCCGCCCUUCCUUUGCCAACCGCGGUGUCGCCUACACGCAGUACGGUGUCGCAGUCCGAUCUGUCCGACCAGACCAGACGUCGCAGACCAACACGCUGCACUACCUCUCGAACGGCGGCGCGACCCUCCGGUUCAGCUGGCGCAAGGCCGAGUACAUGGUCCCCGUCGUCAUGAUCCUCAAGGCUCUCACGGGCGCGACCGACAAGGAGAUCUUCCUCGGCAUCCUCCAGAAGGACUUUGAGAACACCUUCGUCACGGACCGUGUCGAGCUGCUCCUCCGCGGAUUCAAGACCUACAACCUCUACACCAAGGCGCAGUGCCUCGAAUUCCUCGGCGACAAGUUCCGCGUCGUCCUCGGUUGCCCGGAGGACUGGACAGACGAGCGGGUCGGGCAGCACCUCAUCGACACGAUUGUUUUGCCGCACCUCAAGGACCCGCGAGACAAGCUUCGGAUGCUCUUCUUCAUGCUCCGCAAGCUGUACGCGCUCGUCGGCGGGGAGUGCUGCGCCGACAACCCCGACUCGCCCCAGCACCAGGAGAUCCUCAUGCCCGGGUUCCUCUACGGCAUGAUCGUCAAGGAGAAACUCGACGAGCUGUUGAACGGCAUCCGCAUGCAGAUGCUCCAGGAUAUCCGGCGACAAAUACCCGGCACCGACUUGACCGACCCCAAGUACAUCCAGAAGACGAUCUCGCGCGUGAAUGCCGACAUUGGCGGCAAGCUCGCCUACUUCCUCGCGACGGGCAACCUCGUCUCGCCGUCUGGACUCGACUUGCAGCAGGCGUCUGGCUACACCAUUGUCGGCGAGAAGCUCAACUUCACGCGCUACAUCGCCCACUUCCGAUCCGUCCACCGUGGCGCCUUCUUCGCCGAGCUCAAGACGACGACCGUCCGAAAGCUCUUGCCCGAAGCGUGGGGCUUCCUUUGCCCCGUCCACACGCCCGAUGGCUCGCCUUGCGGUCUCCUCAACCACUUCGCCCACAAGUGCCGCCUCGUCCACCAGCACCUCAAUGUCGACCACAUCCCCGCACUCCUCUCCUCCCUUGGCAUGCUCCAGCCGCUCGACCCCUCGAUCGACAGCCGCAAGCACGUCGUCGUCCAGCUCGACGGCCGCAUCAUCGGAUGGGCAACGCCCGUCCUCGCCAAGCAGCUCGCCGACACGCUCCGGUUGUGGAAGACCGAGGGCCAGCACGACGUACCGCUCGACCUCGAGAUCGGCCUCGUACCGCUCUCCAAGGGCGGUCAGUACCCCGGUUUGUACCUGUUUGCGUCGCGAGCGCGCAUGAUGCGCGACGUCAAGUACCUCGCGAACGGCAAGACCGACUCGGUUGGGCCUUUCGAGCAGGUCUACCUCGACAUUGCGUGCAUGCAAGAAGAGGUCGAGCAGGGUUUGACGACCCACAUCGAGUUCUCGCCCACACACGUCCUCUCGCUCCUCGCCAACCUCACGCCCUUCUCCGACUACAACCAGUCGCCGCGCAACAUGUACCAGUGCCAGAUGUCGAAGCAGACGAUGGGAACGCCGUCGACUGCGCUCCAGCGGCGGACGGACAACAAACUCUACCGUCUCCAGUCGGGCCAGACGCCGAUCGUCCGCCCCGACCUGCACAACACGUACGGCAUGGACGGCUACCCGAACGGCACGAACGCCAUCGUCGCCGUCAUCUCGUACACCGGUUACGACAUGGAGGAUGCCAUGAUCCUCAACAAGUCGGCGCACGAGCGAGGAUUUGCCCACGGCUCGAUCUACAAGAGCCACAUCGUCGACCUCAAGACCGUCCGAGGCGACAAGGGUUCGGGCGGACACCCCGAGGUGCACUUUGGCGUCGGACCCGACAUCCGCCCGGACAACGAGAAGUUCUCGACCGUCGACAAGGACGGCCUGCCUCUCGUCGGCAUGCGCGUCAAGACGGGAGACGUCAUCGCCGCGUACUACGAUCGCACGGCCGGCAAGACCCGCGUCGAGAAGUACAAGGGAGACGAGGUGGCCUACAUCGACGAGGUGCGAUUGAUCGGCGACGACACGUCGGACGCGACGGCGAAGAAGCUGCACAUCAAGCUUCGCGUUCCUCGUUCCCCCGUCAUCGGCGACAAGUUCUCGUCUCGCCACGGUCAGAAGGGUGUCUGCUCGCAGAAGUACCCGGCGGUCGACAUGCCCUUCACCGAGUCUGGCAUGCAGCCGGACGUCAUCAUCAACCCGCACGCUUUCCCCUCGCGCAUGACGAUCGGCAUGUUUGUCGAGUCGAUUGCGGCCAAGGCUGGCGCGCUGCAUGGUCUCGCCCAGGACGGCACGCCGUUCAAUUUCUCGGAGGACGACACGCCGCUCGAGUACUUCGGCGACCAGCUCCGCAAGGCCGGCUACAACUACUACGGCAACGAGCCGAUGUACUCUGGCAUCACGGGCGAGGAGUUCCACGCCGACAUCUACAUCGGCGUCGUCUACUACCAGCGCCUCCGUCACAUGGUCGGCGACAAGUGGCAGGUCCGAACGACCGGUCCCCUCGACCAGGUCACCCGUCAGCCCGUCAAGGGUCGCAAGCGCGGUGGUGGUAUCCGCUUCGGAGAGAUGGAGCGCGACGCCCUCCUCGCGCACGGCACGUCGUUCCUGCUGCAGGACCGUCUCAUGAACUGCUCCGACUACUCGACAGCGUGGGUCUGCCGCGAAUGCGGCUCGAUGAUCUCGCUCGGCUACGACCAGGUCACGCUCGCUCAGUCACUCCAUGCCGGCGCCAGCGACCGACCAGGCCUCGAACUCGCGGCUGGACCGGGAGGCGAGUACUGCCGCGUGUGCCGGGACAAGGCGAUUGAGGAGUACGAGGCCGAGCAGGAGCAGGCCAAGGCGGCGAAGAAGCAGAAGAAGGUUGAGGAGACUGGCAUGACGUUUGAGCGCGACGUCAAGGUCAAGGGCGGCGACUUAGACGUUGUUGCCGUCCCCUUCGUCUUCCGCUUGCUUGUCGCAGAGCUGGCGGCGAUGGGCAUCCAGGUGGCAGUAGGCGUGCAGUAG